CCCCCCCCCCCGUGCCGCUCGCGUCCGCUGCGGGCUCGAGCCGGAUCGAGUGUCCGAAGCCGGGCCGGGCCCAUCCGGCUGGGACAUUCCAAGGCGCGCUGGGCUUUUCUUGGGUAGCUGCUAAGCCCCCCGCCCCCGCCCCGCGCGGGCUAUAAAUACCCUCCUUGGAAGCUUCUCCCCCAGGAUCGUCUGUCGGUUGACCGCAAGAGCUUGCUCCGAAGGGCGAGAAGGGCUCGGGGAGGCCUGCCUAGCGCGCUUGUCCCCCCCCCCACCGCUCCAGGCCAAGCGGGGACCCCCCCCCACGCUGGAUCCCGAGCCCUCGGCAUGGCUGGCCCUCGCCCCAUCGCGAUCCUACUCUGCCUUGCCCUGGUGGCAUCGUGCCAGGGUGGCUGUGUGGAGGUCGAAUCGGAAACCGAGGCUGUGGCUGGCCAUGAGUUCAGGAUCCGGUGCAUCUCUUGUAAGAAGCGUAGUGAGACGGAGGCCGAAACCUUCGCCGACUGGUACUUCAAACAGAAGGGGACGGAGGACUUUGUCAAGAUCCUUCAUUAUGAUGCUGAGACUAAGCUCAGCGUAUUCGACGAGCGCUUUAUGGAUCUGGUGGGCUGGGAAGGCACCCACAGCGGCCCCGACUUGCAGGAGCUUUCCAUUAGGUUGAAGAACGUGACCUAUGACCACGAGGGCGAGUACAUCUGUAGUGUGAACCGCACCCUCCUUUAUGCAAAUGACUUCGCACACAAUGUCUUGGUCAAAAAGACCAUACACGUCGACGUGGUGGACAAAGCAAACCGAGACAUGGCAUCCAUUGUCUCCGAGAUCAUGAUGUACGUUCUAAUUGUUGUCCUGACCAUCUGGCUGGUGGCUGAGAUGAUCUACUGCUACAAGAAAAUUGCUGCAGCGACGGAAGCAGCUGCUCAAGAGAACGCCUCCGAGUACUUGGCUAUCACUUCGGAAAGUAAAGAAAAUUGUACAGGAGUGCAAGUAGCUGAAUAGUCCAUGUAGGCCAUCAGCAGGCACAGGGAUUCCUGGUUGACAGGGAUGAGGCAUCGACAAGGAGCGGAGGAGAGGGAGAGUGUGACUCAGCAGAGGCAUCAGCAGCCCCUGAGAAGCGUGGAACAGGAGCCAAGCAGCAGCAGCAGCAAAAGCCCCUUCCCCCACUGCACGGCCUUUUCUUUUCUGAACAAAAAGCAUGCCAUUUUCAAUAACGAGAACCCGGGAUCUGACCAACUGCCCUGGGACAGACACCCGUGCUUCUACGGGGAAGGGCGUUCUCCUCCUGGCAGGCACCUUGCUCGCUUUAGACACAUCCUUUGCACCUUCUCGUGACUGAGGGUUGCCUCCCUGCCACAAUGCAUGAUGGGGAAGCGGCAUGGCGGCUUGCUCACACAAUGCAAACGCUUCAGGGGGGUGUCCUUACCCUCCCCUCUUCUUGCCACGGCCUCGUGCCAGCUUGAGGCCUCCUUAUUUUUAUUGGCACUGGCGCUUUCUCGUUUUUUGCACAUUUUCUUGCGCUUUGAGGGCUUUGGGGGGUGGUGGUGUAUUUUUUGUUUUCCUAUUACUUCGCUACCAGCACUUUUUAUGGGUCUGAGGAGAGGAGGACCCAAUGGUUGGAAUUCUUUUGCCCGCUUCUGGGCCUACACACUGGGAGUUGGAUCCCCCUCAGCUCCCAGGGUAGGACUAGAGUGGAAGAAAGGGUUCAAGAUGGCCGCUCCCUAAAAAUUGCUAAGGCAUCACCCCCAGAGGGGGACAUCAAGAUGUGGACAUUAUAUCCUAAUAGGCAAAUGCCUUUCAUGAGUGAAAUAUUUAGCACCAACACAGUUAUGGACUGUGAUGCUUCCAAGGCCUGUCUUGAUUAGAGUUAGCCAUUUUAUUUUCUGACAGGAUUUUCCUCCAAGCUGUCACCUUGAUGGAGAGUUUGGUUUGCUCAAGGCCUCUUAUAAAAGGGAGGAGACACAAAUUGGAUCGGAAGGGAAGCAUUUGGUUCCAAACAUUGCUCCUUUCCUCUCUUUAUCCUGAAAUUUGUUACCGUUGCACCUGAUCAAAUCUGCUCCCUUGGCUCUUGUCUUUGGUACCAACUCAUUCUUGCUAUGAAGCCUCCAUGUCUUCGCUCUCCUGAAACCUCCCCAUCUUGGAUCCAGGACCACCUAGUCAGGCUGUUUUGGGCUUGUUGGAGAAUACCGUGUCCUUCCCUCUCCUCAGACCUCUGGGGCUGGCCCCCCUCAGGGACCAGCUGCCAUCACAAUAGAAUAGGGUUUGUUCAUAAAUAAAGAUGAUUGAAUUUCA